AUGGUCAUAUAUUGCCCACCACAAAUUUCAACAAAUAGUAGUUUUUCAACGGUAGAGGCUGUUUCAGCUCUUGGAAAAACGGUUCGUUAUGAAAAUGAUUUUAUGAUUCUGCAACAGGCUAAGAGAGGAUUGUUUUCAAAACCAAGUGGAUUGAAUUAUAGAGUUAUAUUGAUAAAGACUGAAGCCUUCCUAGACCAAAGGUCAACAUUUAGUGGGAAGAAAAUUAUAGUUGCAGAGUCUGAUGAUUGGUCAGAAAUUCUCUCCGAUUGGACUAAAUUAGAAAGUUAUUUAUUACCAAUGGUUAUGGUGAUUGCAAAGAAGGAAACAGGAAUGUCUCAAGUAGAACUUGAGGAUAUUCUCAACUCUAUUACUCAAAAGAAAACAUUUAAACAAGGAUUGAAAUCGAUUGGUUCAAAGACUGCUAAAACAAAAAAGAAGUUGACAAUUAAUGGAUUGGCUGUUAAUGAAUCUUCAUUAGAUAAUGAUUUGGAAUAUGUUUCCAAUGAAUCACCAAAUGUUGAUGAAGAGGAUGAUGACGAUAACAAAGAAUUAGACUCUGUCAACUCUUAUGAGGAUGCUGUAGUUGCCAUUGAGGAAUUUAUCAAAGUCACAAUGAAUACACAAAAAUUAUUGGAUAAUUUUGGAAAGAAAGCAAGUUCACAACAACGUAUGACAAACGAUAUUCUCAAACAUACCAAGCGUCUGAAAGAUCUCCAAAAAAUGUUGGAUUCCUAUUUCAAGACAGUUACCAAGAAUUCUAUAACAGAUAAAAUUUUGAGACAAUACAAUGAAGAGAAACCUAAAUUUACCAAAAUUUUGAAUAAUGCCUCAUAUAAGAAGAUUAUUAGCGAGAAUACUAAAGAUAUUUAUGAAAAGAAGAAACCAUCAACAAGCUCAGAUUUGAAUGACAACUUUGAAGUUGAUGGAGGUCAACAACAACAAGUUCAAGUACAACAACAAAAGGAAAAGUUUGUCCUCAGUCAAUGGGACAAGAACACUAUAGAUGUAGAAACAGCCAUAGCCAAAGAAACCCACGAAGAUUUAAAGAGACUCGAAACAGAUUACACAGAACUCCACGGAAUGUAUCAAGACAUGCACAGUAUAAUUAUUGAGAACCAAGAAACAUUGGAUUCAAUGCUAGAAAAUGUAGAAACAGCCAACAACCAUAUUGACAAAGGUAUUGAUAGUGUAAAGAAGGCCAAAAAAUUGACAAGAUUUGGUCUCUUUUAACAUUGUUAAAAUUUUAAAACAUUUUUGGAUUUUGUACUUAUUUAUACUACUUCAAUUUAGAGGAAAAUUAUUGUAGAACACGGUUUAGCUUGAAUAAAGUCUAGAUCACAGAGAAUCAUUUUGAUUAAU